AUGGAUGUGGCGGUGGGAGCCAGGGCGCCUGCAGGCCGGGCCGUGCCCUUCCUCAGUAGCGCCGGCCAGUACUUCCCUGGCUGCAACGGCGUGUCGAAUGAAACCUCCUGCAUCGACCGUGGGGCGUGUGGGGACGGGACAUACGUAUGUACUGUGGGGCGUGUGGGGACGGGACAUACACAUAUGAAAUUACGCUGCCGGCUUAGCGCGUUUGAGACCCUUGUGGGGUGCGGUGGGACAUCGCCCGGGUAUUGCCAGUCCUGCACGGAUUGCCCCGUUGGGGAGUACAGGAGGGACUGCACAAGCGCUUGCGAGCCCUGUGUUGGGUGCGCCGAGGGUGAGUACAGGGUGGGGUGCGGACGGUUCGGCCCCGGCUUGUGCGAGGCGUGCCCUGCCUGCCUAAGGAACCAGUACCGGGCGGGAUGUCAGAACGACACGUCCGGGCAUUGCACCCCGUGUCCCAUUUGCCAGACGACCGAGGUGCUGGUGGGGUGCGGCGGCGCAGCCGCAGGGAUUUGCGUGCCGAAGUCGGAUAUCCCUGCCUAUUGCCCGCUCGGCAUGCACUACAGCGACGGUGGUUUCGUCUGCCCUUGCAUAUCGAUUUGCCCCUUGAACAGCUCCUCCGUCGGCGUAUCCACCAACUGCACGCCCUGUGCCCGUGGGCAGUAUGCGCCGCAGGGUUCUUCCGCCUGUACAGACUGCCCUCCCGGCACGCGGAUGCAGUACGGCGAGGGUGGUGGCUGCCCCGAGUGCGGCGCCGGGACUUACUCGGAGACGUACCGGGCGGCGUACUGUCUGCAGUGCCCACCGGGUAAGUUCAACAACGCGACGGGCAUGUCGGUCUGCUACGACUGCGGCUUGGUCCGCCGCUCACGGGUGUGA